GCCGCUGUGAUGGCACUGUAUGGAUGGUAGAGUGAGUGUGGUGCGUGGUAGCAGGAGCGGGUUUAGGAGACGUGAGGACGGUGUCCAAAAGGUGCUGAAGGGACGCCGCCGGAAUGGAGUUGAAGCUGCACUCCCCUUCGGGGGCUGAACCCGCCGUGUUCCAAUGGCCCCUCAAGGACAAACAGGAUGGCGAGGUCGAAAUUGUAGAGACGAUUCGUUUGGUGUGCGAAGACUUUCCCGAGAUCAAAACGGCUCUGGAAAAUCACGUACUCAACGAGUACGAUCCUCGAGAUUACGAUAGUAUGCGCUCGCUAUGCGAACGCUUCAACAAAGCGAUCGACUCGGUGCUCAAGAUAUGGAAAGGUACAUCAAUGCGGAAGGCGACGCGACCAUCGCUUAGUCUUCUCAGGCACAUUAUCCUUAAGGUGUAUAACCAGUCGGUCCUCGAUCCCGAUCGACUCAACAUGUACGAACCAUUCUCGCCGGAAGUGUACGGUGAGACGUCAUUCGACUUCGUCGCCCAGAUGACACAGGAGACGGACUUCGACGAUGAUACAAUUUUCGUCGAUCUGGGUUCAGGUGUCGGUCAGGUGGUCCUACAGGUGGCAGCAAUGACCCAGGUGAAGCAAUGUAUCGGCAUCGAAAAGGCGGAAACACCGAACCAUUACGCCGAACGAAUGGACAAGAACUUUCGGUUUUGGAUGCGAUGGUAUGGCAAGUCAUACUCCGACUACGAGCUCAUUCGGGGCGACUUUCUAUCGGCGGAGAAUCGACAUCUCAUUGAGAAUGCCUCGAUCGUGUUUGCUAAUAAUUUUGCAUUCGGACCAACUGUUGAUCAUCAGCUAAAGCAGCUAUUCCAGGAGAUGCGCGAUGGUUCUCGGAUCAUAUCGUCCCGUGCCUUUUGCCCGCUGCAGUUUCGUCUAACCGACCGAACGCUGUCGGACAUCGGGGCCAUGCUGCACGUUCGCGAGGUUCAACCCAAGAAGGGGUCCGUGUCGUGGACAGGAAAACCCGUCUCCUACUACCUGCACUGCAUCGAUCGAACCAAACUGCAGAGGUACUUUGAAAGUAAGAAAAAUUCGACGCUAGAGGAGAACGGAGCUAACGGGAAGCGUCGAAGAAAUAUGGUUAACUACAAUAUGGAGUCAUCUAACGGAAGUCUAUUUGACGAAGAUUCGGAAGUAUUUGGGCCGACCACGCGAAGGGCCUGGACAGAAUGGAUCAAGAAUACGCGGGGGUUCAAGAGUUCGAAUGGCAACAAUUCGUCAGGCCAUGACGAUGAGGAGGAGCCACCUGCGAAGAGGGCACCAGGACGGCGAGGCCGAAGGCCCGCUGGACAACAGCCCGCAUCGGUUAGUGCUACAGUUAAUCAAGGACUGCUUGCAAACAAGCCGAAGCCUCGUGGCCGGCCACGUGGCACGCAGAAGCGAAACGCGGGCGGUCGCGGUGGACCGGGUGGUUCAAGCAAAUACUCCAGCAGUCUCGACACGCUGCAUUCGCAUACAUUGUUAUCAACCAUGCAACAACAGGAGGGAUUAAGUCCUCCGCCUGGCUGCGUUGAAGCCAAACUCGACAACUCAGACGACGAGUCAAGCUCGCCCGCGGAAGAUAUUGUGCGAGGUCGUAUGAGUCCGCCCGUACUCCAUCAUCACCUACUCAAUGAGAAUACCAAGCCUCUAACAGACCAUAAUCAGCACGAGAAUAGCACACUUGAGAUAUGUCGCGGUCGAUCAAGCCGGAACCGUAACCAUUCGACAACAUCUGACGAUCUCGCUCAGCACGAAGCUUCGUGCGGUGGGGGCGUUUUGACCAAUUCGCUAUACGAUGAGGACUACCACGAAGAACUGGAGCUUCUACUGGACCGCAUGCGGCAAGACUACAUCUACUUGAUCCGCCGCUUUAAGGAGGAUAGCAUGCUGCAGGAGCUGCGUACAGAAAUUGAAAAGGAGCGCGAACGGCAAAAAAAGCUACUUACCAAGAAGGAUCAGCUGGAUCGGCAGGUGAAGACCCUCCUUGAAGACAGCGUCACGCUACUAAAAGCACGCAUGUGUGAGCUAGAUAUUGAAGUGUCCGCACCUUCGCAGCUAUUAGCCAAAGCCAAGGAGAUUGUCCUUCGUCAUAAAGAGCUGCAGGCUCGAAGCAGCAGCCUUGAUCGUGACGUCGCCUUUUUCGAGGAACAGCAACGAAACUUGAUUCUUGUGCGUCAACAACAUCAGAUGAUGACAACAGGAACAUCACUAAGUCGGGAGCAACUUCUGAAAGAAGUUGCCUCAACGAUGUGCCACCGUAAGAAACCACCAACUCCGGCUGGCACGAAUGUUACUGGAAACAGCAGUGGAAUUAAAAUGGAACCCGCCAAUGGGGAGGAUGGCUUGGAACUCGGGAACGGCAGACAACACUCUGCAAAGACGGAUUGUGGCUUGUCUCACAUGGGGAGCAACUUAACAUCGCCACGGGGUCCCGCCUCGUCAAUUGUCGGCGCUUCGCCUAGGCAUACAACACCACAAUCCCCUGCACCUUCCGUCCAUCCAGGUGCUUCCCAUCAGAAUACAGUCGGCAGUAAUACACCUGCCAGCAGCCACUCCACUCCGGCUUCACAGCAUCACGUGUCGCCGGCUCAGCAGCAACAGCAAUCAGCAACUGUCCCUGUUGGUCCUGUGCCUUCCUCGCAGGCGCCGCCCGCAGGCAGCGCUUCUCAUCAUAAUUCCACUCCUCAGUCAGGUCAUCAUCAACAGCAAGGUAAUUUGGUGUUGAAUCUCGGCUCGCUGCUCAAAAACUCGCCGCAACAUUCUGGUCACACAGGCGGCUCGCAUGGCCACAGCCAGCAUGGCCCAUUAGCGUCAGGCAGCGGUGGCGGAAGCGGAAACAGUGGCCACCGAGAAAACAGCUCUUCCCAGGGUGGCCCUUUUUCUGGUCUAAGCACCGUCUGUAACAGUGCGAACAGCGGUGGCCCCGUCAGUGGAGUGGGUAGUAGUAGCAGUUCGAGUGGGAGCAGCAGUAAGAAGCAGAAAAGGAAGCACUCGCAGGAUUCGCACAAGUCCAAAAGCAGCUCAUCCUCCUCAAUCGCGGCAGCAGCUGCGGCCGUUGCUGCUGCCAACGUUGCCAGCGAACCAGGGGUCGGUUCGGGCUUGGCUGGAGGAAAUUCAGGCCAUACGGCGUUAUUGGCCACCAGCAGCUCGGGAGCUACCGGACCCAAUUCGGGCGAACUCGGCUCAUCCUCGCAUGUCAGUAGCGGCAGCGCUGCUGUUACGUCAUCGACGUCAGCUUCUGCUGGACGGACGUCCAGUUCGUCGUCCGGCUCCAAGCAGCAGAGUGGUUUCUCGUCCCAUUCGUCGAGUCAUUCUCAUAGUAGCCGUGGCGAUCAGCAACAGACUGGUGAGGAGAAGAAGAAAUGGGUCGUCGAUACCCAAGGAAGUGGAGGUGUCUCAAUUAAAAUUAAAGCAAUCCCUCCGAAAAGUCCACCUCGGGCUCAGAGUCCGGAGAAUCCACCUCAGUCGCCAUCACGAAGUUCCAGUUCGUCUGAUGGUUCGUCAUACGCUCAUCGACACAAGAAGUUCCGCGAGAAGCGGCACCAUCAUAAGAAGUUCUCUCGGCCAAGUUCACCUGUAUCGACACCAACACCGCCGAUGCCAACGGGCCCACCCGGCCCGGUGGUAACCCCUCCCGCAGCCUCUCUUAUCCCUACAGUUGAUAAUAACAAUACUAGCCAAGGUCAAACUGCGCUUCCUCCGGCUCAACAGGUCGCCGUACAACAGCUGACUCAACAACAGCCUGCUCCACCACCUCCAGAGCGGUCUUCAAGCGGACAACAUCAGCAAACAUCAGCUGCCCACCCACUAAACCCAAGCCAGCAGGCGCCGUCCCAGCAUCAAUCGGUGCAUUUAUCCCAGCAACAACAGCAGCAGUCAAUGACGGGUGCACCGCCAACUGCGCAUCAAUCAGCCACUUGUGGCCUGCACGGACCACCCAGCGCACACACAGGUGUUGGCAGUCCCCACCAGGGUUCCUUACAAACAUCUCGGGUGGCACCGUCUCCCACUGCUGGAACGACGACGGUCACUAGUGGCACGGGAAGCGCCUCAUCCGCGUCGCCAACGGUCUCUUCGUCAUCAACCCGGGUUGGUUCUGGCGUUUCGACGGCCCAGGUAAACAGUCACCAUGCAGCAAUUACUGCACCAGCGGCCGCUGCGGCAGCAAUGGGUCGUGUCCCGCCGCCGUCCCAUGGACGAGCUGCUGGCGCUGGGGGUAUUCACGGAGUUCAUGGAACAGCUGGUGCCGUCGCCGGUGCUGCGAGUGGCAACCUUCGGCCGUCGGGGGUGCAACAUCCCUCGGUUGUUGGUGGAGGCGGUGGUUCGGCAACGACAGGGGGGCCAGGAUCGGUCCAUUCCCGAGGCAACGCUAGCAGUAGUGGUGUUAGAAGUCCGGCGGGAACCGGACUUCCCAGAGCAGCAGGUGCAACACACCAUCCCCAUGCUACAGGUCCCCCUCACGUUGGUCAACCACCGCAUCAUCACGGUGCGGCCAGCCACGGCCAUAGCCAUACGCCAAGCUACUCCGCGCACGCUGCAGCUCACCACUCGUCAACGGCUGGCGCCGGUGGAGGCGGCCUAUUCGGCCAGGGGGGCGCAGGUCCACCCCAGCACGGUCACGGAACACACGGCGGAAUGCCACCAAAUGCUGCCAACUUCGCCCCGCCCCAUACACAGUUCACGCCCACCAUGUCGCCUAGCACCCUAUAUCCGCCUCAUGCACCGCCUGCUCCCCACCCCUAUUAUAGAUCCAUGUACUCGACUCAUCGACAAUAAAUGGAUAGAUGUAUACGUAAACAAUACUAUUAUUGCAUACAUGCCUAAACAUACAAAACAUACAUGGUUAUAAAAAACCAAACAUGGAACAGGGACCGAAUCGUCGUUAUUACAUGAAUGUAUAGUCAGACACAGAGCCGUACAAAUAAAUUCACAUUCAUACAGAUACACACGCAAGAACAAACAAAUAGAAAUGGUCACCUUUCGGUGAUUAUUUAUUAAUUUUGAUGAUGAUGAUGAUGAUAGAUAUACGUUAUAAAAUGACGGUGUCGUUUUCGUUUUUCUUAGUUGUUUUGCUCCGUACAGCUACUUUUAGUUGUUUGUUGACCUGUUUGUCUUUGUACAGAGAAGCUUGUACGAAGAGAGAAGACGAAUCACAUUACAUACUUAUUAUGUGACCUACAUAUAUUCACUGUCUUAAUAUAGAACACUGUUGUAAAUAUAUUUAGACGAUAUAUAUCUUGUUUUUUUUUUGCAUAGAUCGUAGCGCGCCUACGCAUGCAUCGCUGAACUGAAAACGCAUCGUUGUGUUACAAAAGAAACUACAAGAUGCAUCCUCGGCAAUAGGUGGACGCUGAUAACAAACGAAUGGCAAUACAAUGUCGUCGUUUCAUUACUAUUUAUUGUAACUAUAGCCUUAAUGGAACUUGUGAGCUUUCUUUUGUCAGGCUACUAAUGCAUAAAUUACUUCAAAACUUUCACACGUACAGGAGUAAUUCACAUCACUUCGACCACUGUGGCCGAGGUACAUGCAAUACCAUCCAGCAGCAUUGAAAGCCUUUGGUACUUCAAGCAAAUUCAACAUAACUUAUUUGGCGACGAAACAGUGCAAGAGUUUGUUGUCAUUGCUGUUCUUUUUUUUGUGAGCUUUUGUUCUUGUAUACCACCUUUAUGUGCCUUUAGACAUUUUGACAAAGAAAAACCCUUUUAACUGUAUACUGUUUCGUUGUCGAAAAAAAAAUCGAAACCUCCCACACAUAAAAGGUCUUGAAAACAUUAUUUUAAACACACUCCGUAUUUUGUACAGAUAUUGCCGUUAUCGUACGUAUGGUCUCAUUGACUUUCCGCUAUUUCACGCCGUUCGCCUGUCGCAAAUUUUCGAAAAAAAAAAAACUUUUUGCUUAGCUACACAAACACAAAUAGAUGCACAUCUAAGUAAACAAUUAACUUUAUCAACAGUACCGCAGUAUACAAAACAAAGCAAUAACGAGCGAGUCUGAGAAAAGUAAAGGCGAGUGUGAGAGCAAAACAAGCGUGUAGUGAUGAUGUAAAAACGGCGAACGAUACGGUUGGUGCUUGAUGCGGCUCUACUCCAGAGGAGAUGUCGCACCAACUCAUAAAGGCAUAUGGUGGACAUGAGCUACUGUGGGGCGUUAGUUUGAGUGAACGGCAAUCUGAGUGCGAAGUGAUGAAAGCGGUGAGAAAUGACACAGUUAGAUAAACAACUGAGAAAGCAAUGCAAGGAACACUCCCCAGAACGGAAACUCCAUCUUGAAUUGAGCGCCCAUCGAUAUUUGUAGAUUCUCUCAAACGACUCGAAAACAAGAAAUGUUACCUGAAUGGUUUAAUCAUUGGUCGAACGUAGUAGAGAAGAGAAAGCGCCUGGACAUAAGUAUUUUUUUAUUACCUUUUUGUGUUAUUAAUAUACAUUUGUAUAUGUGUGUGUGUUCGCUUAGCUUCCAUAUGUGUGCUUAACAGACACUCCGCAUAUGCCCUAAGGGUUCUGAUUUUGGAUAUUCUACUCUUGGUCUUGAAUAGAUUUCGUCAUUUAAAAAGUUGUUGUUACAAUUAUUAUUACAGCUCCUAGUAUGAGUACAGUGACUACUAUUUCACUGCUCAUCUAGUUAAAUUUGUUCGGUUAUUUUCCGUCCUUGUUUCUCUGCUUCACGCUUUCUCGUUGUAUUUUUACUACCCACUAGCAAUUUAGGAAUCAACCCAACGCCGUUAGUAAACCAUUCCACUCGUUCCCCCUAAGUGUUACGUCGUUAAAGAGAAAAGUCGUCAUAAUCAGGCAUAUAUAUGAUGACGCUUGUCUAUAACGACUUGAUAAUUGAUGAGGACAAGUGAAAUGUCUUUAUUAUGAGGUGCUUGGUUGACCCCUACACUGCUGGCUAGUGGCAAAAAUAAGACGAGUGAACACGAAAAAAACGACCGGGAAAAAUGAUCGAAGAAAGAUACGGGCCCGCUAUAUUGUUCGCCAAAGUGAAAAUUAAACAAAAAUAAUUGAUUCAGCCAGAACACAAUUUUCUCAAACAAAUACGACGCAAGGUAGCCGACUAACUGCAACAUACUUGCAAUAUUAUUCACAGAUGCAAUCACAUCUGUGAAUAAUAUUACGGCGGCGUCGAAGGUCUGUCUCUGUUCGCCUAAAUCUGGUGCCUGUGACCUACCUGUAUUGGACUGCCAGUUUUUUCAUUAACUCAUUAUUAACCUGAUUGUACAGCGGUGAUCGAUGUCACUAUUAUAGCUGUUUUCAUUCCAUAAGUGCGUCUUUUUAUUUUCAUUUCUCAUCGUCAACCAACCCACGUAUAUUCAAUAUUAGAAACAGAGAUAAAGACAAAUAAGAUAUACAUACAUAUGUAUUUACAUGAGUGUGUAUAUGCAUGUAAAUCAAAUGUAUUUAGAAGAAAACAACUUUGAAUGUGUAGUGAUCUAUAAUUAUUAUGGCGCCGCCCCCCUUACACGUUCUCUCGUUAGGUUUGUCCGUCUGUGGGGCUAAUACGACGUCACGUCAAGCGUGAAAAUGCUGGUCGGAUGUUGCAGUUACUUUGCCACCAUCUUGAACAAAACCGCACGAAGACAGAUUUGUUGACCCUAUACGCUGGGCAAUAUCUCAUGACCAAACCGCGUUCUAGAUUAAUAUUGUCUCGAGCACUUGGAGUGGCUUAAAAAGAUGCGUGUUUCGCGAGCGGGGGUCAGACAGAUUAGCGUUUUAGCCAGAUUUAGCUCCUCGCUAUGCGAUGAAUGCUAUAGAAAGAUGAGAUUGAUUGUCACGGAUAAGCUACUAUUGUCUAGUUGAAUGAAAGAAAAGUGGAGAACUCUCUUCUUUGGGAACCGCCGUAGUGAUAUGAUGACGUCAAAGAAAACGAAUAAUGGAUCUAAACCGAUGACGAGGCUGGAUAAUAAUAACAAUCGUGUGUGUAAGUCAUUCAAUCGUCAAGAUUAUUAUUAUUAUUAUUAUACAACUGUACUAUUAACACACGAGGGUACAUCAGUAAGUUGCACGAACGUAGAUUUGAAUACCGCUUAUACAUUUCAUUACUGCCCAUCUACCAGCGUUAUGAGAGCUGGGAAAAGCAUGCGUGGAGCGUUAGUGUGCCGAUGGCUAAUAGAUCGCGGAUUAUAAUGUACGAAGGGAAGGCCGAUCAGGUGUCUGGUCCAAUUGUAGCACCAUUGCGUGUGCGAGUUUAUAAUGGAUUUCGGUUUUAGCAAUCGAAAAUUCAAGGUGACAGCUGUUAGAUGUAACUGGAAAACAUACACAAGCUCCAGUGUAAAGUCGUUUGACCGCCGAUGAUUUAGUUUGUCUAAUUGUGAUUCAUCAAUCAAACAAACAACAACAACAACUAAUCAGUCGGGCAGUGUUGAACACAUAAAAUAGGGGCAUUCAGAAAGUUAAAAAUUCGCAAGAAACAAAACAAUAAUUGAGAUUUUAUUAGAAAAAGCAACUGUCGAUGCGUAACCGAUUGGCUAAUGCAGACGAAUAAACCAUUGGCUUUUCUCGUGCACAUUUCCACUAAGACUAGGCGUAAGCAGAAAGAGACAUAACAAAGCAAUAUUAGGGUCCAGUUUUCCCCUUGUGUCUGAUGCAACACAAGAUGA